AAUCCAAAAGUGGGGAGUCAUCGAAUUAUAACCACCAAUCUGGGAUCUGAGGAGGGCGGGCACCAGGUCUGUUCUAGGCCCAGGUGUGUGUCAGGCAGGGGUGGGAGGUGCAGGGUCUUCUUGGGCCACUGUGACCCUCGGCUUCUCCCUGCCCAUCUUCCCCAGGCAGCCCAGCUAGAGGCAACACGGCCCCCUCGGCUCCGCUACCUGCUGGUAGUUUCCACAAGAGAACAUCUGAGCCAGGAUGAGACCGUCCUCCUGGGGGUGGACUUCCCCGAUAGCAGUUCUCCCAGCUGCACCCUGGGCCUGGUCUUGCCUCUCUGGAGUGACACUCAGGUGUACCUAGAUGGAGACGGGGGCUUCAGUGUGACAUCUGGUGGGCAAAGCCGAAUCUUCAAGCCGAUCUCCAUCCAGACCAUGUGGGCCACGCUCCAGGUGCUGCACCAGGCGUGUGAGGCAGCUCUCGGCAGUGGCCUUGUGCCGGGGGGCAGCGCCCUGGCCUGGGCUGGACAGUACCAGGAGAGGCUGAGCUCGGACCAGAGCUGCGUCAACGAGUGGAUGGCCAUGGCCGAUCUGGAGUCUCUGCGCCCUCCCAGUGCCGAGCCUGGCCGGCCCUCAGAACAGGUGCAGAUGGAGCAGGCGAUCCGGGCUGAGCUGUGGGAGGUGCUGGACACCAGUGACCUGGAGAGCGUCACUUCCAAAGAGAUCCGCCAGGCCCUGGAGCUGCGCCUGGGCCGGCCGCUCCAACAGUACCGGGACUUCAUCGACAACCAGAUGCUGCUGCUCAUGGCCCAGCAGGACCACGCCUCCCGCAUCUUCCCCCACCUCUACCUGGGCUCAGAGUGGAACGCGGCCAACCUGGAGGAGCUGCAGAGAAACAGGGUCAGCCACAUCUUGAACAUGGCCCGCGAGAUCGACAACUUCUACCCCGAGCGCUUCAUCUACCACAACGUGCGCCUCUGGGACGAGGAGUCGGCCCAGCUGCUGCCCCACUGGAAGGAGACGCACCGCUUCGUGGAGGCCGCAAGAGCGCAGGGCACUCGGGUGCUGGUCCACUGCAAGAUGGGCGUCAGCCGCUCCGCCGCCACCGUGGUCGCUUACGCCAUGAAGCAGUACGGCUGGAGCCUGGAGCAGGCCCUGCGCCACGUGCAGGAGCUGCGGCCCAUCGCCCGCCCCAACCCUGGCUUUCUGCGCCAGCUGCAGACCUACCAGGGCAUCCUGACCGCCAGCCGGCAGAGCCAUCUGUGGGAGCAGAAAGCGGGUGGGGUCUCCCCAGAGGAGCCCCUCGCCCCGGAUGUCUCUGCUCCAUUGCCACCUCUUCCGCCAGAGCCGGGGGGCAGUGGGGAGGUGAAGGCUAUGGGUUUGCAGGAGAGCCACGCGGCCCCAAAAGAAGAGCCUGGGCCACGGCCCCGUAUCAACCUCCGAGGGGUCAUGAGGUCCAUCAGCCUCCUGGAACCUUCCUCGGAGCCGGAAAGCGCCUCAGGGGCCGGUGAUCUGCCGGAGGUGUUUUCGUCAAAUGAGUCUUCAGAGGAAGACCUUCCAGAGCCCUUCCCGCAGCUCUCGAAGGCCAAGGGAGGCAGGCGGGGUGGCAAGGGGCCUUGGCCUGCCCUGAAGUCCCGCCAGUCUGUGGUUGCCCUCAACAGCGCCGCCCUGGUGGCCACGCGGACCCAGGCCUUCCAGGAGCAGGGGGAGGCCGGCUCUUCCUCCAGACCCAGGCUCCGGGGGAAGGUGGUGAGGCAGGCCAGCGUGGAUGGCAGUGGGGAGGAGGGCGAGGCCUGAGCCCUCACACAUGGCCACGGCCCCCUAGACACAAAUAGAGGGGCCCGCACACGGCUCCUGGGACGAGCAGCCUUCACUCCUGCCAGCCUGUCCACAUUCCUUUUAGCUCCUCCCCAGGUGGCCCUAAGACUCCAUCACUACAGCCUCGGCUGCUACAGCCUUAAGUCUCAGACAUGUCCUCCUCUCCAAGGGCUCAAGACCUUCUCUGUCUAUAAUGGGGAUGUGACAGAGAGACUGAAGAUACCUUCGGGGGGCAAGAACACCUUGCUUCAUUCUCAGUUGCUGCCCAAAACAUUCACUUGCAGCCACAGAAUACAAAACUGAGUUUCCCAGUGCAGAAAGGCUCCUGCUCCCUCCCUGCCCCACUCCCAUCUGCCUCACCCCUGCCCCCUUCAUUCCUGUGGUCCACCAGGCUAGAGAACCAGUGGCCCUUAAAGGCCAAGAGUAACCUCAGUCCCCAGGCCUGGCGGCUCUGAGGAGCGGAGAGCUGGCCCGCAGGUGGGCUGGCCGGUUGGCCUCCCUCUCACACUCCACGACCGCCGAUCUCUUGCUGCUGCCCCCACCCGCCACCGCUCCCCCACAGCACUGCGCUGGGUCACAGGACACCAGGCCAAAGAGAGUCUUCUUUUUGUCCUUUAUGGCCUCUGGCCAGUCAGUUUUUCACAGUCUUAAUAGUAUCUGGCUUUGUACUUAGAAAUAAACAUUUUCGUAUUAUUUUCACUUUUAUGAUAAA